AUGGCAGGCGACCUUGGCUGGCGGUUCAGCCUGUUGCUACUCUCCUUGCUCCUGGCUCGAGCUGGUGUCUGGGGAUUCCCGAGGCCCCCAGGGAGGCCACCCCUGAGCCUGCAGGAGUUACGGAGGGAGUUCAAGGUUAGCCUGCAUCUCGCCAGGAAGCUGCUCUCCGAGGUUCGAGCUCAGGCCCACAGCUUUGCUGAAUCUCAUCUGCCAGGAGUGAACCUGGACCUUCUGCCUUUGGGAGAGCAGCUCCCCAACGUUUCCCUGACCUUCCACGCCUGGCGGGGCCUCUCUGACCCAGAACGGCUCUGCUUCCUCUCCAUGACCCUUCGCCCCUUCCAUGCCCUGCUGGGCAGGCUGGGGAGCCAAGGAGACUGGACCAGCUCAGAGAGGACACAACUGUGGGCCAUAGGGUUGGAUCUCCGAGAUUUGCAGAGGCAUCUCCGCUUCCAGGUGCUGGCUGCAGGACUCAACCUCCCUGAGGAGGAGGAGCAUGAGGAGAGGAGAGUACUGCUCCCAGGGCCCCCAGGUGGCCCCUCGCCGAGGGCAGCCCAGCUGACCUGGCCCAAGCUCCUCUAUGCCUACCAGUUGCUGCACGCCUUGGAACUUGUCUUGUCUCGGGCCGUGCGGGACUUGCUGCUGCUCUCCCAGGCUGGAAACGCAGCCCAAGCCUUGGGGUACCCACACCUGGCUCCCAGACCUGAUGGAGUCACACCUUAGCCCCUUCUCUUCACCCUUCAGGACUUCAGGACUGGUGUCUGGGACGGCGGGACAGCUUCCAGCUCAGAAAAAGCGGGACUUCCCCACCUCACACCCCAGGCCCUACCCAAUAACUUAAGACCCCUCCGGUCCUUGCCAGAUAUUUAUUUCUUGGAUAUUUAUUUAUUGUUGAGGAAAGUGAUGGUUUAUUUAUUGUUCCAGGGCCCGCUGGUCGUCCUCGGGCUAGGCUGCCAUGCUGGGUGCCCAAUA